CCGCGAUUUGUCAGACUUUUCAGUAUCUGUUAUCACCAAAGAUUAAACAAUGUGUGACGACUAUAGCAAAGAGAGCGGUGGAGUGAGGGCAAUGUCAACAGGUUAAUUCCUUCAACGAUGGAUAAAUUGAGAUGGCUGGUGGUAAUAGUCAACCAGUUUACGACGACUUCGUCCAGAGAUGAAGACUAAGUUGAUUCUACUACUAUGUUGCUGUGCAUUGGCAGCUGAUGCCACUGAUCUGGAAUCCCUUCAGUGUAAAAAUGAAAAUGGAACCAUUGUUGAUUGGUAUGUUCUCUACAAGUUACCAAAAAUAAGCAGCAGUUCGAAUCCUUUGAUACGCCAGGGCGUCGCAUAUGCCUAUAUCACUAAUGCUACUGUGAACCAGGGCUGGAAACUAUCAACUCGGAGUAUCAAAUCUGCACUAUCUAUCCCGGGGAGGACGCUUGACCUUCUAUACAAAGAUAAUGUAGCCAGGAAAAUUGCGUGGCUCCUGUACAGUGAUCAGGCGCCGGAUGUUCCAGCCAAACCAACAUUUGGCCAUGCAAAAGGGGCUGUAGUGGCAGACUUAGUAGAUGGAUUCUGGAUGAUCCAUAGUGUCCCGAACUUCCCUUCAGAUACAAGAUACCAUUAUCCAGACAGUGGGGAGCGCAAUGGUCAGAGUUUUCUCUGUAUUUCGAUCAAAAGUGAAGAGCUGGAUGUCAUUAGCCCGCAGCUGGUUUACAAUCAGGUUAUACCAUACAGCUAUCAUAUACCUGAGGACUUUCCUCAGAGGUCAAGUCUCGUUGAUGUGAGUCAACGCCCUACGAUUAGAAACCCGCCAUUCUACCGAAAACAAGUGAUAAAGAGUAUGCGGGGAACGGAGUUUACUUCCUUCGCAAAGACUAGCAAAUGGCAACGGGAGCUCUACGGUGAUUUCGUCGCUCCCCAAUUACAAGCUAGCCUAAUGGUUGAAAGUUGGCAAAAUGGACGAGGGAAAUUACCCUCGAAGUGCCAAGCAAUGAGAGUUUAUAAUGUGGAUUCUAUCCUCCUGGAGGCCGCGAACAUUCAGUUCAGCAGUACACUUGAUCACUCCAAAUGGGCAGUUACAGCGAGUAAUAGAAACAAUAAAAACUGGAUCUGCAUAGGCGACAUUAAUCGAGCUGACGGUCAGUUAAACAGGGGUGGCGGCACCGUCUGUCUCAAUUCGUCAGCCCUCCGGAGGGCAUAUAAAGGACUAAUCAAUGACUACGAAAGAUGUCCAGAGGUACGCAAACAGGUUUCAACAACCUCCGCUCCGAAGGUGACACCUACAGGAACUACGUCCAAAAAUUGAAAGUGAAACCAAAUGUAACAAAAAGAAAUUACUUUCUUGUAACAAUUCCGAUAUGAAGGAAAAUAAAUAUGAAUAUUGAAA